AAUAUUCUGGAAUUCCGUCCAACACCACACCACGCCGUCCAUCCGCUCCAAUCCGUUUGGUCUCUUGAAAUGCCGUGUAAUAUAUAACCUCCAAAACGGUCAGCCAAUCGUUUCAGACGUCCCGUCACUUGACAGGAACAGACAUUUAACCCAGCUGGCCGAUCAUCUCUCAGGGAUGUUUAUCGUCAGCCACAACCAUUUCCACGGUGAGUAGAAGUAGAAGAAGAAGAACCCCAACAAGAACAGAAGAGUAUUAUUAUUAUUGUUAUUGUUGCGUAGAAAAAAGGACUGGAAAAGGGGAGGAAUGACGCAGACCCAGCAAAAGCAAAGCAAGGUCGGUGGAGUUCCUGCACAGGAAGAGCAACAAUAAUUAUAAUAAUAGGGAGGGAGAAGAGCAGGAAAGGAAGUAAGGGAGGUAUACUAAUAUUUAUGGUCUUCUUCCUUUCGGAGUGCCAUGCUGGCAUGCUAAUCUUUCGUACCUGGCAUUUUGCUGUCAUUUUCAAACCCUAAUAAUGGAAAGUUAAAGGAAGUUCUUGCAAACGCCAUUAUGGAAACUCCUACUCCAACUUGAAGUUCAAGUCCAAUCCGAAGCUGCACAAGAUUUGAGAGUCAAAAGGUACUGUUGAGAUUCGUUAAGCAGCUUUUUCAAUGGCUUAUUCAUCUUCUCGAGUUGUAGUAAAAAGAGGAGUGCCUGGAUGCGACUGCAGCUGCUGCUGAUUGUUGUUGAUUUCCCGUCGUUGUCUUUUAUAUCGUUAUCUUGGCUCAUAAAUCCAGAGCUUCGCAAGCAUAUGGAUUAGUAUCUGGAUUUAUAGCCUUUGCUCAGUCCUCUUUGCAAUUAAGGGGCCAGAUUGACAGUCAUGGAUCCCCUUGGUUGUAUUAACGAGCGUAACGAGUCAGAGGCUUGUACCGGGACAUCGCUGACUCCCCUGUCCGAGCAGUUGCUCCAGAGAAUUAAUGAAUUGGAGGUGAGUCAUGCCCACCUCAAAGAAGAGAUGUCUAAAUUGCUUGGCUGUAACACCCCUGGGCUAGAAGAAGGAUCUAAGUUGGAUUCCUCUGCAGCAGCUGAACCGAGGCCACUAUUGCACUCCAGCAGCUCUGUAAAAUCCCGGCGCUCCAGCACCCCUGACAGGCCUCGCCAUGACUCUGUGCAGCAAAGGGGGCACAGGUUACCGCCCUCAGCACAGAGAUCACAUUCGGUUUCUCCGCAGCGAACACGGUUGGCAGCUUCCAGAAGGUCUAGUUUCGAUGCUCGGCAGAAAAGAGGGCAGAAUUUGCCUCAGAGGCAUCAGGCAUCUCCCUUACAGCAGGAAUGCAGCUCUUCACAAUCUGGACAGAAGGAAUUGCCUGAGAGUAGGUUUCCAAGUGAAUUAACAGAUAGACAUUAUAUUAACAUUCUUCAGUCCUUGGGGCAAGCAGUUCACAUAUUCAAGCCCACGGGAGAAAUAACUUAUUGGAAUCGUUUUGCGGAGCUGCUUUAUGGAUAUUCGGCAUCAGAAGCAGUUGGUCAGAAUGCUAUUGAACUUCUUGUGGACAAGAAUAAUUUUGACGUGGCAAAUAGUAUUGUAGAUCGAAUUACAGUAGGAGAAAGUUGGAAGGGUCAAUUUCCACUUAAAAAGAAAUCUGGAGAGUUAUUUUCAGCUGUAAUGUCCAAUACACCAUUUUAUGAUGAUGAUGGUACAUUUGUGGGUGUUAUUUGUGUGUCAACGGAUGCUCACCCUUUCCGGGAACCAGCCGGUUCAUUCAGUGAAUCCUGUGAUCAGUGGCAGAAGAUUAAUGACACGGUCAAAUCCAAAUUCGAACAUUUGCAAAUUCCGAUUGCAUCAAAAUUAUCCAAUCUGGCCUCUAAGGUGUCGUCUAAGGUGCGUUCACGUAUACGGAUUGGAGAGAAUUCUGUGGAGCACGAAGGUGGGAGUGGAGGUAGCCAAUGCUCUGAUCAUGGUUACCCUGAAUUUGGUAGAAUGUCAGAUGAAAAAGGAUGUGGUGAGGCAACUUCCAGUGGAGCUAGUACACCUAGGGCUGGUUCUGUACCGGUACAGUCUGGUACCUCUCCUCCAUCAUCUCCUCCGGAAAAGUCAAGGAGCAAAGUUCAGACUGAGGCUGUAGAUGAAAUUGAUGGGAAAAGUGGUAUUCCCAAUAUCAAGGCCAUAGGAUCAAAAGCAGAAGCAUGGAUGGCUAAGAAAGGUAUUUCGUGGCCUUGGAAAGGAGCUGAACGUGAUGGAGGAGAGGGAAAGACUCGCUUUAUGUGGCCAUGGAUACAUUCUGAUCGUGAAAAAGAGGCUGGUCUUCAAGGAAGAAAUCACAUUGGAGGUCGUAGAGAAAAUCAUUCAUCUGAUGUCAAUCACUCUAGUGAGGUUCUAGGGUCGUGGUCGUCAACCAACAUCAACAGUACAAGCAGCAAUAGCAGUAGCAGUAGCACAAGUAGCAGUGCCGUCCAAAAACUAGAAAUGGAUGCUGACAGCUUGGACUAUGAAAUUCUAUGGGAAGAUCUAAAAAUUGGAGAACAAAUAGGGCAAGGUUCUUGCGGGACUGUCUACCAUGGUCUUUGGUAUGGUUCGGAUGUGGCAGUAAAGGUUUUUACUGAGCAGGAAUAUUCCAACGAACUUAUUGAUGCAUUUCGGAAGGAGGUGGCACUUAUGAAGAAGCUCAGGCACCCAAAUAUACUUCUUUUCAUGGGGGCAGUUACAUCUUCUGAACGGCUUUGCAUAGUCACAGAAUUUCUUCCAAGAGGAAGUUUGUUUCGUUUGCUCCAGAGAAAUACCCCUGGGAUGGACUGGAAACGAAGGGUGCGCAUGGCAUUGGACAUAGCACGUGGGAUGAACUAUCUUCAUCAUUUAAAUCCUCCAAUAGUUCACCGUGACUUGAAAUCUUCCAACCUUCUUGUUGACAAAAACUGGACUGUGAAGGUUGGAGAUUUUGGGUUAUCACGACUCAAGAAUUCAACAUUUUUGACUGCCAAGUCUGGAAAAGGCACGCCUCAGUGGAUGGCGCCUGAAAUCCUUCGGAAUGAACCUUCAAAUGAAAAGUCUGAUAUUUACAGCUUCGGUGUGGUAUUGUGGGAGUUGGCUACUGAGAAGAUUCCAUGGGGCGAUCUUAAUCCUAUGCAGGUAGUUGGGGCUGUAGGAUUCAUGAAUCAGCGGUUACAGAUCCCAGCCAGUGUGGAUCCUCAGUGGGCUGCCAUGAUUGAAAGCUGUUGGAAAGAGGAUCCAGCUAGCCGUCCAACUUUCCAAGAUCUCACAGAACAACUGAAAGAGCUGCAGAAGCAGUAUACCGGGCCUUCACCUCAAAAAAAUCAAGCUUUGACAAUUUGGAGAGACAGCCAACAACCAGAGAUAUAGAAUUUGUAAAAUAAGAUCGAUCAUUUCUACAAAUGGAACAAUGCAUGUACUCUUUGUAUUACUUCUGUUGCAUGGGGUAUUCAUCAACAUUUUAAUCUUCACUCAUCAAUACAAUACAUGGCUUUUUUUUUC